UCCGGUAAUGGUCCUCGUCCUGGAGCACGUGCCGCGGCAGUCGCGUGUCAUCGGCUGACCGGUAGACAGUACGAAAUUAUAGCGGCGUUAUUUUUCGCAAUUAAAAAAAAAAAUGAAAAAAACGGGCUAACAAACGCACGAUAAUACAGAAUAUAAUAUACAUAAAAAACAAGAUUUUUUUCGCGAAAACGCGCGAUGAUAAACUUUCUGUUUUUCUAACUCGCAGUCGUGUGUAUUCUUGUUUAAUCGGAUGAUGUAUUAAUCGGACGAAAAAAAAAAAAAAAAAAAAAAAAACUUGUCGCACAAAGAAUUCAUUCUUCACGGGAUCAUCGUUGAGAGUCGGCGAAGGACCGAUAUCGGAAACGAUUAUAUUUACGAAUGUGAUCGCCAAGGUUUACGGUGUAAAAUAUAGUGCACCGUUUUAACCGCGACGUUUUACGAUAGUGCGCGAUUGUAUCGUGGUGCAGCUACAUUUCACGAUUAUCGCGCUGAACGAAACCGCUCUCCGGAAGGAUUAAGGUGGUUACCUGCACUAGACGAUUAACUUCUCUUCCCGAGAGGAAAAAAAAAUCUCCGUGGAGAAAACAAGAUCAAAAUCGCUGAUUGUCUGACAGGCAUGUCAGCAGACAUGGCCUGGAUUCCUGCGAACGACACGGAGUCGCUGGUCGACGAUAAUUACGUGUUGAACGUAUUGAACUACAUUAACGAACUGAACGAGUCGCUUAGCACCAAGCAGUUCAAGUGUCUCGAGCGUGAGCAUCAGGAUCAAAACAGGAAGCAGGAGCGAUUGGAAUGCGAAGUGAACUGGGACACUAUAUUGUGUUGGCCCCGAACGCUUCCAGGCAGCCUGGCUACCAUCCCUUGCUUCGACGAGCUCAACGGAAUACCCUACGAUAACACACAAAACGCCAGUCGUUGGUGUUGGCCCAACGGGACAUGGGACAGUUACUCCAACUACUCUCUGUGCCGCGACGUGCGACCACCGGCGAUGGAGCUCGGGGUAGAAAUAACGACCAGGCUAUAUUUCAUCGGCUACGGCUUGUCCUUAUUCACUUUAGUAGUUGCGGUCUGCAUAUUCAUCUAUUACAAAGAGUUACGGUGUCUUAGAAACAACAUACACACAAAUCUAAUGUUCACAUAUAUCAUGGCUGACUUGACGUGGAUUCUAACUACUGUGAUGCAGGUAUCCAUGCAAACGGAUAUACCAACUUGCGUGACGUUCUUCUCGCUUCUUCACUACUUUCAGUUGACGAACUUCUUCUGGAUGUUCGUCGAGGGUCUGUAUCUGUAUCUGUUAGUCGUGAAAACAUUCACCGGCGACAACAUCAAGCUGAGACUCUGCCUGGUGAUCGGCUGGGGUAUUCCAAUCCUCGUAAUAGCGAUGUGGGGAAUUGCCAAAUCGUUGAAUCAAAAAGUCAUGCACCACGUGGCGAAUCAGCCUAAUCAGGAAGUCGCGCUUUGGAGACAUUGUCCCUGGAUGAUACCGCAUCCCUACGACUGGUUUUAUCAAGCUCCCGCUGUAACAGUUCUCGCGGUGAAUAUGGUGUUUCUUUUCAUGAUUAUGAGGGUGUUGAUAACGAAGCUAUGGUCCGCCAAUAACGUGGAGACCCAGCAAUAUCGGAAAGCCAGUAAAGCUCUCUUGGUGUUAAUACCACUUCUAGGAGUGACGUACGUGCUGGUCAUAGCGGGACCCACCGAAGGUCAGGUGGCAAAUGUAUUCUCCUAUGCACGAGCGGUGCUGCUUUCUUCGCAGGGAUUCUUUGUCGCGUUGUUUUACUGUUUCCUGAAUACGGAAGUACAGAACGCAGUCAGGCAUCAUUUUUCACGAUGGAGCACCGCGCGAAAUCUCGGCAAUCACCGGAGAUACUAUAACAAUUGGUCGCCGCGCUCAAGAACGGAGAGCAUAAGGUUGUACUGUCAACCGUCGAAUCCUUACCAAAAGCGGGAAUCCACGGUAAGCGAAACCACCACUACGACAGUGAUAGGCCCGAAUUCCACCACGACGUUCCUCGAUAAGUCCAAGAAUGUUAUUUCGGAGGACCUCAACGAAUGAGACAAGAGAGAUUCGCGAGAGGAAUUCCACGCAAUGUGGGACGAGUCUCGUCGCGUUACAUCGCAGCAAAUUGUAGAUUAUAUUUUUGACGAAUAGCGCGCAAUUGUGCGAAGACUAAUAUGCUGUAUUUGUGCAAAAAUAGCCGCAUUUUCUUUGAGAUUUUCAAGCACAGGCUCAUUCCAAGAUGAGGAAUGUAGUAAUAACGAUAUAAUACAUUAUUCAUCGGCAAUGAUACUGAAUCUGUUUACAAAAAAGAUCCACAAUAUUUUCGUAUUAUUAUUAUAUAAGACUUCUAGCUUUUCAUUGCAGCCGUAAUUUUGGACGAAAGCGAGAGAAGUUGUGUGAAUUUUAUAUUUGUCUUAUAAAUUAAAAUAAAAUUAGUUUUCUCGUAUA